AGUCACCACACGGGGCUGCCUGCACCCAAAUUAGUUGGAAACUCAAAAGGGGCGACGGCAUCGGGAGGGAGUCAGAGAACAGCCGCCCUCUCUAACCUUCUCUCUCGAAUCCAAAUUAGUUUUAAUUUCUUCUCUUCACCAAUCUUCGUUUCCGGUGGCUCAUAUAUACACCAUCUCAGAGUAUGAUACGUGCAAAGCAGCUCGGCACCUUAUCCCAAUCUGCUAGGUCCUUCAUCUUAAGUGGUUCAAAAUCCAGUGUAGCAGAUGGUUCAUGUUCUUGUUCUGAGGAUGAGAGCUCUAUUUCUAGAAGGCCUCAGACAAAGAACAAUGUUCGACAUCUGGAAAUCUCAUCCACCUCAGUUUCGAAAUCAUCUGGAGGAGUAGGCUCCUUGAUUUCAAGAGAUGGUGUAAAAGGUGUGAACUUUCAGAAAAACGAGAAGCCUAACUACUCAGUUUCUGACCCACAAAUUAUACCUUACACUAAUUCAUCAAAGAGAGCAGAUUGUGUUAGUUAUGGCAGCUUGGAAGCUUCGGAGAUUAUGCAUUCGUCACCUCCCAUUUCGGACCAGUUUGUUAGGGCAGGUAUUGCAGCAGUCAAUUUUUUAUCAGAUUUGGUACAUUAUAAAAUCCCAAUGUCGGAUGGCAAUGAAGUACUUAAAUCAUCACCAAAUUGUGUGGUUGAGCGCACAAAGCCAAUUUCUACUGUGAAACCCUCAACCGUAAAAUCUUUCAGAAAGGACCAGGUUUAUGGAAAAGCUCCUGCCAUUACACCAGCAGCAUCAAGCUCUGUAAAUAAUCCCAGUGAUACAGGAGGCAGAGUUGAGAAAUAUGGUUCAGUGAAAGGCACUAGUUCUGUUCCAAACAAUAGAAUGGGAAAUUUUGUUGAAGAUAGACAUGCAUUUGCCUCGGAUUCGCAUGACAGAAAGAGGACAGUCCCUCCAAAACCUAGACCUUAUUCAGCCCGUUUCAGAACAUAUGGUCAGGCUUCCCAUGGAGAGCGUAUAAAUGAAAGGCCAGAAUGUUUAUCCCGGCCCAUUCGAGAGACUAAAGUUAAUACCGAAGUUGCUACAAGGUCCAGACAAUUUUCAAGUUCUGCCUCUCUUGUAGAUAGAGUUUCUCACAUUUUACAACAUAUGAGUUGGGGCCCCGAGACAGAAGAUGCUCUUUAUAAACUCAAUCGUCCAUUGGAUGCCUAUCAAGCAAACCAAGUUCUCAAACGACUCCAAGAUCAUUCAGUGGCACUAAGCUAUUUUUACUGGUUGAAAUCCCAACCCGGAUUCAAGCAUGAUGGUCAUACUUACACCACCAUGGUUGGCAUCCUUGGACGUGCUAGGCAAUUUGAGGCAAUAAACAAAUUGCUUAGACAGAUGGUGGGUGAAGGGUGUCAACCAAAUGUUGUGACAUAUAACCGUCUUAUUCAUAGUUACGGACGAGCAAACUACUUGAACGAAGCAUUGCGUGUCUUUAACCAAAUGCAGGAAGCAGGGUGUGAGCCUGACCGUGUUACCUAUUGUACCCUCAUUGACAUCCAUGCGAAGGCCGGAUAUCUUGAUGUUGCCAUGGACAUGUAUCAAAGGAUGCAAGAGGCUGGGCUAUCUCCCGACACAUUCACUUACAGUGUUAUUAUUAAUUGCCUUGGAAAAGCAGGCCAUUUGGUUAUUGCUCAUAAGCUAUUCUGCGAAAUGGUUGAUCAGGGGUGUGUGCCAAACUUGGUGACUUAUAAUAUUAUGAUUGCCUUGCAUUCUAAGGCAAGGAACUACUCUAAUGCAUUGCAGCUUUAUCGUGACAUGCAGAAUGCUGGGUUUGAACCAGACAAGGUAACUUAUAGCAUUGUAAUGGAGGUUCUUGGCCAUUGUGGUCAUCUACAGGAAGCAGAGGUGGUGUUUUCGGAGAUGAAGAGGAAAAACUGGGCACCUGAUGAGCCUGUAUAUGGCCUCCUGGUAGACCUUUGGGGAAAGGCUGGUAAUGUAAAGAAAGCGUGGGAGUGGUAUCAUGCCAUGGUUAAUGAAGGUUUACGUCCAAAUGUGCCUACUUGCAACUCCCUUCUUAGUGCUUUCCUUAGGGUACACCAAUUGUCAGAUGCUUAUAACUUGCUUCAAAGCAUGCUCAAUUUGGGCCUAAAUCCCUCUUUGCAAACCUACACCCUUCUCCUUAGCUGCUGUACGGAAGCCCAAACAUCAUUUGACAUGGGAUUUUGUUGUGAGCUUAUGGCAGUCACCCGUCACCCAGCUCACACGUUCCUGCAGACCAUGCCAUCUGCUGGACCCGAUGGGCAGAAUGUGAGGGACCAUGUUACCAGCUUCUUGGAUUUGAUGCACAGCGAGGACAGGGAGAGCAAGAGGGGGCUUGUUGACGCGGUUGUUGAUUUCCUGCACAAAUCAGGACUCAAGGAGGAAGCCGGGUCUGUCUGGGAGGUAGCUGCACUGAAGAACAUCUAUCCAGACGCAUUGAGAGAGAAAAGUUCCUCUUACUGGCUUAUUAAUCUUCACGUGAUGUCUGAAGGAACUGCCGUGACUGCUCUGUCAAGGACACUUGCCUGGUUCCGGCAACAGAUACUUGUCUCGGGGAUUCACCCUAGCCGCAUUGAUAUAGUAACCGGUUGGGGGCGAAGGAGUAGGGUGACAGGGACAUCACUAGUGAGACAGGCGGUGCAGGAGUUGCUCGACAUAUUCAGGUUUCCAUUUUUUACAGAAAACGGGAAUUCUGGGUGCUUUGUCAGCUGUGGAGAGCCCCUCAAUACAUGGUUGGUCCAGCCAUACGUUGAACGGAUGCAUUUGCUGUAAUCUAUAUGAUGUCUAGGCUUCUUAUUCUAAGAGGAACUAGCAUUUAGUUAGUUUAUUAUUCCUAUUAUUAUUAUGUGCUGAACUCAAGUUAGGUUUCUUGCUUUCUUGAUCUUGCUGGCAUGCAGUUUCUGCUAUGUAUCCUUCAAGGUUUGUUGGAAGGAUUUUGAAUGCCAAAGUUUUGAAUGUUAAUGUG